ACGCAAAGUUCACACUCUUCUUCAGUCUGUUUCGAGCUUUCACGAUGGAUCGUCGCUGUUUGAUAGCAUAUCAUCGGGUUACGCUGCUAUCAUCUCCAUCUGUAUCUGUAUCUGCUGCUGUGCUACUGCAAUCCGGGUCGGAUCGUCAUCGUGGCCGUGUUUCGUCGGACUGCUUGUGAAAUCUUCGCUUCGUGCAGUGCUCUGUGAACGAAUGUCGGACAAGAAGCGAAACUCGCAUUGCGUAGCACUUUGAGUAUGCAAUCAAUGCGAACGUGAAACACAAGUUGGCACAUAUAGUGCAGUGGUAUAGCGAGCAGUCUGGUGCUGGUGUGGUGAACGCAAAGUGGCAUUAGGCUGCGAUAUUUCCCAAUCAGAAAGUGCACUGUCCUAAAAAGAGCAUCGCGAGUGCACCAGCAGGUAGUGCAAGCAGUGUGCAAACAACAGUUAUCUUGUCGCACUCGCUCUUACUCGAAGGGUGCAGGAUCACUCAGUCGAAGCUGGAUGAGAUAGAAGGUACGGGAAAGGCUUCUGUCAACUGUGUUGUUAUGCAUAUGUCAUAUUUCGCUUGUGUGUGUGGAGGCUGAUUGCAUUCGUGAAAGGUGCCAGUGUGUUGGUAAAUAUUGCCCCAAAGGAAGUGUGUGGGCGAAGAGAAGGCGGCAGCGGAAGAAGCAUUCGGCUGAACGUCAAACAAGUGUGAGCGGGAUGAGAAGAAGAGGUGAUUGAGGAGCAAAGUGUCAAGCGAGGAAGAAUAUCAGCAGGAGAAGCAGUCAGUAAUACAGUGAAGCGGCACUGACGUAUUGGUGUGAUAGUGUUUGUGGGUUUCGUAGUUUGUUCUCUGUAUAUAUCCUCUGGCCAGUGAGAGGAAGAAGUUGUGUCGCGUAUUUUGUUCAUUUUUAUCGCCGUGAAAUAUUUUGUUUGCGUUGGAAAAUCGGUCGUUCAAAAUGUACGAAGAUUGGUGAAGAAGCGAUCGCAAGUGUUCGCCGGAAGUGAAAGCCGUGGAAUCGAAGAAUCUCAACCCUGGUGAAGCAGGGAUUUCGGGGGAGAUUUUUCACUCAGUGGUCCAGCACGAAGCAAGAGAACGAAGAAGUGUUCGAAGAGUGUUAUUUUAUUUUCGGGCAGUAGAGUGCGAUUCAGUGCGGCCAGAGCCCCCGAACAACAGGAGGAGGGCCGUAUAUGUGUUGUUGUGGUUGAAAGUUUUGAUAAAUGUCAAGAUGGCGGCUACUAACCGAGCUCGUCCGCAGCCGAGAACUAACAUCUCGUUCUUCUCCAAGAUCCAGGGCAAAAUCUCCGAUGCCUGCGCCCAGCAGAAGUUCCUAACGGACAAAAAGACCCUGGAGAAGACCUGGAAGCUGAUGGACAAAGUAGUCAAGCUUUGCCAGCAGUCGAAGAUGAAUCUGAAAAACUCGCCCCCCUUCAUACUGGACAUCCUGCCGGAUACGUACCAGCGGUUGCAUCUGAUCUACUCCAAGUACGAAGAUCAGAUGCACCUCUUGCACGGGAACGAGCACUUUAACAUCUUCAUCAACAAUCUGAUGAGAAAGUGCAAACAGGCGAUCAAAUUGUUCAAGGAGGGCAAGGAGAAAAUGUUCGACGAGAAUUCGCACUACCGGAGAAAUCUCACCAAGCUGAGUUUGGUGUUUUCGCACAUGCUGAGCGAACUGAAGGCGAUAUUCCCGAACGGGUUGUUCGCCGGGGAUCAGUUCCGCAUCACGAAAUCGGAUGCGGCGGACUUCUGGAAGUCACGCUUCGGAAAUAGCACACUCGUUCCGUGGAAGCUUUUCCGGCAAGAGCUAUCGCAGGUGCAUCCCAUCUCUUCCGGGCUGGAAGCGAUGGCACUCAAAACCACCAUAGACUUAACGUGCAAUGAUUAUAUAUCAAAUUUUGAAUUUGAUGUGUUUACUAGGCUGUUUCAACCAUGGAAUACGCUGCUGAGAAAUUGGCAAAUCCUUGCUGUGACGCACUCGGGCUACGUCGCCUUCCUAACGUACGACGAAGUCAAGGCACGCUUACAGAAGUAUAUCACUAAGGCUGGUAGUUAUGUUUUCAGAUUAUCCUGCACACGACUAGGUCAGUGGGCGAUAGGUUACGUAACGGUGGAAGGCGACAUCCUCCAAACAAUUCCCCAAAACAAGUCAUUAUGUCAAGCUUUACUAGAUGGUCACAGGGAAGGCUUCUAUCUGUACCCGGACGGGAAGCCGCAGAAUCCGGAUCUCUCGUUUGCCGUGCAGAGUCCCCUAGAGGAUCACAUCACGGUGACGCAGGAGCAGUACGAACUCUACUGUGAGAUGGGGAGCACGUUCCAGCUGUGUAAAAUCUGUGCCGAAAACGAUAAGGAUAUAAGGAUCGAACCCUGCGGGCAUCUGCUGUGUACGCCUUGCUUGACGGCGUGGCAGGUGGACUCCGAAGGACAGGGUUGCCCCUUCUGUCGGGCGGAAAUCAAGGGCACCGAGCAGAUCGUGGUGGACGCGUUCGACCCUAGGCGACAGCACAUCCGCAACUCGGCCCACGGCCGGCAGCAGCUGCAGCUGAACGACGACCACGACGACGACAUUGAGGACGAUUUCAAUAUCGCCACCUCGUCACUCCACGCGCUGAGCAAUAGUAUGACAUUGGCACGCAAUGAAAAGCAAAGCCCGCACUCUUCACCGCGGUUGACGCGGCGCCAACCGAAUCCCACCGCACCGGUGCUAACCAGUAACGAUAUUUACGCAGGCGGACCCUCCCUUCAGUCCCAAUCGAGCAGCUGUAGUUACGCCUCAUCUUCAUCCAGUUCAUCUACCAGUGGUAGUAGUGGUAGUGGUAGCAAUAGCAUUAUCGGACAACAGAUGGCAGCACUAGUAACGACACCGGCAGCGGUUGCAGCAGCCACCGCUGCAUCAGCUCCACCAAUGGCUGCCACCGCCACGCACACGGUCAAUGGGAACCUUGUCACCCACACCAACAUCUCAUUGAAUAACAAUCACUGUAACCAUGUAUGCAUAGCUAGUGGUAGCAGUGGAUCAAGUGGAACCCCAAGUCACAACCUUGUCAAGUGUAAUAAGUCCUCAUCCUCGUCUCUCCUACCGCAGACACAAACCAACGUUGCCCCGAUGGUCAAUGCACACUCGCAGCAACUUCAGCAAAACCGACUCAGUGCACCGGCCAGCUCAUCGGUGGCGACAUCUAGCGGAACCAAUCCGACCAGCUACCUUAUGUACCGAGUGCUGAACAAAGCCCUUUCGUCGGAUACACCAUCAUCAAGUUCCUUGGAGUCAAUUUACCAACCUGUACCACCUCCACUUCCCCCACGAAAAUCCUCCCCAGGAAUCCUAACGUCAACCCCUUCCUCCGAUUCCAGUCGACAAAAAUCCAGCAAUCCCCGUUGUCAGUCCUCGCAACUGCUGGCCGCCCGCAACACCCAAAACCAAAUCAAUUCGGCAUCUAGUCUUUGCAACCUGUCCAAUCAAGUUGCCGCCAGCCUUAACCUAAGCCGAAGCUCGGAAAACCUAUCGAGUGCCACCCGCAUCUCUAACGACAGCCACGUCCCCAAAACCAACCCUCCGCCGGUUCCCAAACACCAAACCCCAAUGGAACCAUGUCCUUGCAGUAACACCACCGCCCCUCCGAAGCCCCCCGAUCCGGACCCAUUCAGUCAGGAAGACAAAGUAAUCGUGGGACCCGCGGAAACCAUCGUCGGCAUCAUCGACACCCGACCGUUGGAAGCCCGGCAACCCAUCAUCCUCAAAGUAGACGACAAAACCGACCACAAUCUAGUCCUGACCAGUACCAGCAACGUGUACCAAUUCAAACCAACCUCCAUCAGUACCAACAUCAACGGAAUCCUCUCCAAUGAAGUAACCCUGUUUCAACCUGCCCAGCCCAUCCAUCAACCGCAGCACCACACACCAAAGCACCCGCAACCUCAGCCAAGACACCAACAACAACAACAACCGCCGGCGGCGGCUGCAACCGCCCAAGGCACAAACCCACAGCACCAGCGACAUCAGUCCCUACCGGCGAACAACGCUACCAUCAACGCCAAGGUCACUCCUCAACCGCCAUCCAAAUCCAUCACCACGUCCCAACUGUCGGCCGCCUUGGCUGCAGCCGCCAGCAAAUCCGGCGGCAACCGUCUCCUCUACGAAAACGUCAACCUCAGCUCGAAUGACUGCAACGGAAGCAGCGGCUCGAGCAGCAACAACAACAACCACCUGAACAGUAGCGUCGUCGCAGCGGCUAUGGCUGCGUCUGCGAGUGGCAGCGCCGCCGCCAACAACAACAAUACGAACGUGCCAUACGAGAACAUCAACCUGGAGUACAUUGCCCGGUUGAUGCAGGAGGGCUACUCGAAGGAGAACGUCAUCACGGCGCUCGGCAUUUCGCGCAACAACAUCGAGAUGGCGUGCGACAUACUGCACGAGUUUGUCAGCAAAAGCGGCGGCGGUGGUUAGAAGAGCGAAGGAAUGCUUUGAUGCAAUAUUAGACCGUCGAAACGGAGUAGGCUGUCGCGAAGCGACGAAACAGAAACGAAAUAGACUGCUAGGGGGUUGAACGAGAGGGAUAACGGGCGUACGAACGAGCGUGACUCUUUUGAUUCUAAUUUAUUCUAGUUGUGCGACCAGGGAGCGAGAGAGAAAGCGAGAGCUGAGGUGUGCAUAGAGUAGUAGAAGUAGUUGAAAACAAUCAUCAAUAGCAAUAAAAUGCGGUACAUGGUAGACAGGCAGAGGAAUGCUGUUAGCUUCUUCUUCUUUUUUUAUCAAUGUUUUCAGUGUAAAUAGUGUGGGCAACACCACGUGGGAGAUAGGAAAGUAACAAACACAUACACGCAUCUAAGCAUCUUGUAAAGUGAAGCUUUGUUUUAGUUCCUUAACUAGAAAAGAGGUAAUUGAAUUUACUGUUAAUGGAGGAAGUUCAAAUCUGUGAAGACUAGUAGGAGAAAUCAUAAUACGAACAGAAUUAGGUUUUUCGUUGAUCAGAAUUUAUUCACGGGUUUUCCCUUGUGUAUAUUUUUUUUAAAGGAUGUGCUUCUGUCGUACGCUACUACAUAAUACCACUACGGACAGACAUGGUUGUUGAGUAUUUCCCCGUUUGCACAAUCCGUGCGCACCCGCGAGUCACUUGUUCGGACUAAACACUUAGUAAAACCGGUGAUACGAUCACAAAGAACUAUAUUUUAAAAACGCACUUAUUACUCAACGCGAAUGG